AUGAACAUGCACCCAGACACCAAGAACAUUCAGUUCCAAGGGUGUGCGGCGUUGGCCGGCCUGGCAAACCCGUACAGCGAGGCCUACAAGGAGCAGCACACGGCGCACAUUGUCGAGCACGGCGGCAUCGAGGCAGUGAUCAGGGCAAUGGGUAAUUACGUGCGAGAUGCGCGCGUGCAGCAGAGCGGGUGCAGUGCGCUGCGCCACAUCUCGUACCAGCGCAGGACAGCCCAGAACGCGUUUGCAAUCGCGGAGCAGGGCGGCGUCGAGGCUGUGCUGGUGGCGAUGGCGGCGCACCCGGACAACGCCUACGUGCAGCACCAAGGGUGCGCGGCGCUGCAGAAGCUGACCUACUACGAGGACCUUCGGGGGCUGGUGGUGGCAGCGGACGGCAUCGACGCCAUCCUGCGGGCCCUCCACCACGAAGACCACAGGCGCAACUCCCGGGUGCAGCAGCAAGGGCUGCGCGCGCUGCGGAACCUGGCGCUAGACAGCGACGCCAACCGGCGGGCGAUUGUGGACGGUGAGUGCGGUGGCGGUGUGGCGGCCACGCUGCGCGCCAUGCAGAAGUUCCAGGAUGCGACGGGCAUCCAGGUGCGCGGGUGCAGCCUGAUGUGGCAGCUGGCGCACGUGGACCACGCCAAGCACAGGUUCAUUGCCAACAAGGGCGUCGACCUUGUGCUUGGGGCGCUGCAGAAGCAGAAGCACGCGCACGACCCGUAUCUGGUGCUUGAGGCGUGCGGUGCGCUGGCCAAGUUUGCGGAGGACGAUGCGACUCGUGCGGACAUGGUGAGCAAGGGCGGUGCUGGCAUUGUGGCGGCGGCGAUGGCGCGGCACGAAAGCAAGGACAACUACAAGGCGCGGCACAGGCGCAAGUGGGGCUGCGUGGUGUUGUGCACGCUUCUGCGGGCGGGCCGUCGUGAGGACAAGGCGGCGGUUGUUGAAAACGGCGGCGUGGGUGCGGUGCUGUGUGCGAUGGAGGAGCACCCGCACGCCCGUGACCUGCAGCGCAAAGCAUGCGAGGAGAAGGUCGCGAAUGCAAUGGACAAGCUGACGGCUGCACGGCAGAUGAUGAAGCAGCAAGGCAUGGACGAACAGGCCAUGUUCCAGCGCGCGUUUCAAAUGAUGGCGGAUCCGCAGUUCCGUGUUUCCGCCCUCCAAAACAUGAUGCAACAGCAGCAGCAGCAGGCAAGCAGCAGCAGCACCACCACUGUGCCUCCUUCCACCGAGAAGAAGAGCGAGUGAUGCCGUGAUGGUGUGUGUGUGUGUUUGUGUGUUUGUGUGUUGAGUUUGUCAUUGCUGAUCACCGACUGACACGCAUUCACCACCGCCAACACAGCCAUCAUUGCCCCUCAAGCCACCACACAUCUCGUUCCUCACCCCACCCGACUUUCCUACCAGCAGUGCAUGUGCAUCAGUGUGCGUUCAUUCAUUCACAUGUGGUCAAUAGUGCAUACAGUCCGAAGUAAAGAAGAAAAGAAACGACAAAACAAGUUGGGUGAAAGCUCAAGAAAUAC